UGUGGCACUUUCCGUUGAGGCGUCACACUAUUUUGGCAGGUCGACAGGGAUCCGGGAAAUCAUUUACGUUCGUUUUCGAAAGCAUUAAACACAUACCAAAACAAAAACACGUGCAGUCAUGUCUGACUUCAAUGACGAUCUGUUACCCGGCCUAACCGAGAAUGAUCGAUUCAACAGGCAGUACCACCGCCUGCUGUUGCGGGCCGUCAUGAAUGUGGACAUGGAGAUAGCCAUACCGAGGGCCACCCCGGAAGUCAUUGCUUCUCUGACAUAUCGCAAGGUUCGGGAAUCGGAGCUGGUGGGCGUUGACCCGAAGUGCUCCGUGUGCAUGGAGUCCCUUCAGGCUGGUGAGAUGUUGAAGAGCAUGCCGUGCAAGCACGAAUUCCACGCUCAGUGCCUCAUACGGUGGCUGAAGGAGUCCAACUCGUGCCCCUUGUGUCGCUUCCAGCUAAAAUUCCAAGACUUGACCUUUACAAGAGUGACCCACGGGCCCCUGGUACAGGUCAGCCCCCUAGUCCACGUCUACGGGCCCUUCCGCCGCGAAGAGCAGGGGUCCCUCCGUCGCAGCCUGAACGGGCCCUACAGUCGCAGCCAGACCGGGUCCAGCCGCCGCAGUCAGGACGGAUCUAGGCACCGCUUCCCGGACGAGUCCAACAGCAGUGACCAAGACGACUCCGACAGUAGUGACGAGGAACAGUCCGGCCGCAGUGACCAGGACGUCUCAAACCCCAAUGGCCAGGUCGGCUCUAACCCCAGUGGCCAGGCCGACUCCAGCCGCAGUAACCAGGCCGACUCUAACCGCAGUGAGCUGGACAGCUCCAACCGCAGUGACCAGGACGACUCCAGCCGCAGUGAUGAGGACGACUCCGGCCGCAGUGGCCAUGACGACUGCAGCCGCAGUGACCAGGGCGAUACCAACCGCAGUGACCAGGACGACUCCAGCCGCAGUGACCAGGCCGACUCUAACCUCAAUGUCCACGCCGACUCUAACCCCAAUGACCAGGCCGACUCUAACCCCAAUGACCAGGCCGACUCGGGCCCCCGCUUUUAUUAGACUGAGUUGCAUUCGUUGUCAUUUUGUAUGUGAGAAAUUUCAUGUUGAAUAACGUUGAAAUACUAUACAGGCAAAUAUGC